UCCCCCGACCCGGAGCCGGAGCCGCUCCCGCUCCCCGUGGCCCGCCCCAGCCCGCGCCGUGCCGAGAGAUGCAGCAGCCGGUCACCGCGCAGCCCCACACUCACUGCUAAGGGAGCCCAAGGAAUCAUGGUGAGUAAGGAACCUGGCAAAUGCUUACUCACACCUUCGGAAAGCGAGGCGGACCCAGCAGCUUCCCUGGCCUUGGAGAUGCGCUACGCGCUGGACGCCAACCGGCAGAUUAAGAAGAGGAACAAAGCCCUUCAGGUGCGCUUUAAGGACAUCUGCGAGGCGCAGAGCGAGCAGCGGGACAGGCAGCUGGCCGCCGGGCCGCCCGCGGACAGGAGGGAAGCCAAGCCCGUGUCCUACAAGGCGGCCGCUUACCGCAAGUACAUGACGGUGCCCGCCCGCAGGUCCAUCCCCAACGUGACCAGGAGCACAGGGGUGCAGACUUCCCCGGACCUCAAAAAGUGCUACCAGACCUUCCCUCUGGAUCGCAAGAAAGGGGGCGUCCUGAAGGGCAGCCAGCCCGCCGGCACCUUCAAGAAUCAGAACAAUGGCUUCCUAAUCGAGGCACAGGAACAGAGUGACGGCCCCAGCUCGGGGGAGGCCGCUGAGUGCGGCAAGGCGGGCAGCGGGCACAAGGCGGGGGACCCGGCGGCGCUCUCCGAGGAGCACGUCAACGCCGUGGGCCGGGCUCCCGGGGACUCCUGCGCCGAAGCCUGCAAGCCCCCCGAUCCCCACAGCUGUGUGAAAGGCCCCGGCCGCCCAAACGCCGUCCAGCCAUCUCUGGAAGAGUCUGAUCCCCAGCCGGCGAAGCUGGAGCGGGCGCUGCCCGAUGCCGAGGACGCCCACCCAUCGGCACAAGGCAGACUCUUUAAGACAGAAGUGGCCGCCGUCUAUUUACCCACCUCUGGUGCCCAAGCCGCGGAGCCCACCUUGGCAAACUCUGGCGCGGAGAGCGAGUGGUCGCUGUGCCCAGCCACGGAAGAGGAGAAGCGGAGAACGGGACACCUGAACGGGCUCCAUCCCCAGGCCGACAAUGCCCAAGCCUGUCCCGCCCAGGCGCAGUGCCCAUCGAGCGAAUGUGGCGAGCAGGCCCUUCAGAGGAACGUCUCCCCGACGGGCGAGAACCCGCCUUGCCGGACGGCGGUGGCGGUCAGCGAAGAAUGCCGUGAAAUUGUGCCUCACACCGAAGUCAUAGACUUGAAAGCACAGCUUCAGAUGAUGGAGAGCCUGAUCAGCUCCAGCCAGGAGACGAUCAAAGUGCUACUGGGAGUGAUCCAGGAGCUGGAAAAGGGAGAGGCUCAUCGGGAAGGGCUUUCCUACAGGACUGGCCAGGACACGGCAAACUGUGCCACGUGCAGGAACAGCGCCUGCAUCAUCUACAGUGUGGAACUGGACUUUAAGCAGCAAGAAGAUAAGCUCCAGCCAGUUCUGAGAAAACUUCAUCCUAUUGAGGAAACUCAGGUCGCACCCUUGCCUUACUCUCCGGAGACUUACUCCUCCACUCCCAAGCAAAAAUCCAAAACUGAAUCCAAAAAGCAUGGAAGAUGGAGACUCUGGUUCCUUUAACAAAACACCGAAUCUGGAGUCUAAAGGCCGCCACCUCGAAAACACACUGGAAUUGAGUGAUCCCUUUCUUCAAAGGUUCCGAAUCAAUUGAACAGUGCUGUCGUUGGGGCAACAUCCAUCUCUCACCACGCUUACCAAAAAGGCCUUUUUACUUAACAGAGAACGAGACGGAGGCGAGGGAUGCCCUUCAGACCUUGCCCACUUCUGCCGGCAGUUCACCGCUGUGUGAUGGGAAACGCGAAGCGAACCGUAUACGAAGAUGACGGACAAAGAGAACCCUUCCCUCUUCCCCAGACCUGCUCGAGAAACGCCGGGCGGGCUCUCAUUCUGUACACAGCAGAGAAACUCACACUUAGUUUCCAGCCUUUAUUUUUCUGAAAUACUAAUAAGAAGAAAAAAGCAAGCCUUACGUUUGCACAGGACUUCAUUUUUACAUUUAAUUUUGCAAACAAGCAGGGGGUGAGUGCAAUUUUCAGCACACAAAAAUUCUGGAGAAAGCACAAUUUUUUUCAAGUGGUCGGAGACCAUGAAUACUCUCUAAAAUGUGACUCUGUGUAUAUUUGCCUUCACGUGCUGUAGAGUUAAGCCAAGUGAUCCCAUCUCUGUGUCUCGUCGACACCUCUCAUUGAGCAUCUUCUCCAUCUCCACACGGUCACCGCUCAUUUCCCCAUUGGCGAGCAGCCACGGACCGCCCAAAGUCAGGACACGCCUUUAAUCACUGCAAGUUGACAGGGUCAAAGCUUCGGGACUCUAAGCUUUCUUAGAUCUCAUUUUUAAUCUUUUUGGUACCCAAAGGCCAAAUACUCAAUUCUGGCAAGAAGCUGAAAACCACUAGUGAGAGGCAGACGAGGAAAGCCCCGGCUCAAGAGGCCUCGCGGGCAUCCCGUCGCCUCGGCGGAGGACGUUCUCGUGGGCUCCGGUCUCCUGUAGGCCGAUGGGAAAGCAGCCAGAGGUUUUAUAUCAUUUGUUAAGCUUUGUAACAACUGUUGAUGACCUGACCAUCUCCAAGACGAACCCAGUGCAUUUUAGCUUAGCGGCCUCAACGGACAAACGUCAUCGCCACUUAACCUAGUAGGAAGCUGUACUCCCUGACUCCUUAGGAAAAGCUGUGAAUCAAAAGUUUUUAGGUAUUUUUUAAAUAAACAGAGACACUUGGAAUCCUUUCUUGGUUACACAUGACAAUGGAAAUCUUCUUUAUUUUUUCACUCAUUCUUUGCACCUUUACAGCUCUCUUUUUAUAACCAGGUCCCCUUCCCCGAGGCGUCACUAACUCUUGUCUGUCAAACCCUCGCUUGUCAUAAUAGGAAGUAGGGAUCUCGUUUCUCCUUUUUGUACAACCGAAGUCAUUGUGCACAGUGUCCCGCUCGCCCAACCGACGGGCGUCCUUUCUGGGGCCCGGCUCGGCCAGCUCGCCGAGGCCUCUGCCGUCACAUGGGCGAGGAGGGUCCCAGUGACGGGCGGGGUGACGCUGAGCUGAGGAGCAACCCACGUGAGGUUCGGUACCAGCUUGGCUGGAGGGCGAAGAACUGUCAGGGCUCGGCCAUUUGUACAGCUCCUCAACUAAGUCUUUAGGCAAUCUGCAACGGCGGAGGAAUUAGCAACAGUAGAGAUGUCAUAGAUCCUUAGUACUAUCAGAGCUAGAAAAGAAGUCCAAAGGAAAUUGGAAAGAGAAAUGAAGUAGGGAAGGGAGGAGAGUGCAAGGGAGGAAGAAAGGGAGGAAAGUAGGAAGAUGGGGAAGAGAGAAAGA